AUGGCAAAAUCGAACAAGCCGCAAACAAAAACCAACUCCCGAUCCUUGAAAAAUUUAUCAAACAAGUGCAAGAAGGUUGUCCGCAGGGAGGCCCCUCUACCCGAGCCAUCGAAAAUCAAAGAAUGGGAAAAUGCCUUGUGCUCGGUCUGCUUGGAAUCCCCUCACAACGCAGUCCUCUUACUCUGCACGUCCUACGAAAACGGGUGUCGAGCCUACAUGUGUGCCACGAGCCACCGAUUUUCCAACUGCCUCGAACAAUACAUGAAAGCCUAUGCCAAGACGACACAUUCUCGGCAAGACUCGACUGCCGAAAAGGAUGAUUAUUCCAAACGAGACGAACCCAAUUCAGUCGAAAAUCCCGAGCUCCCGUGCCCACUCUGCCGCGGGCAGGUCAAAGGGUGGACCGCGGUCAAACCCGCACGUAAGUUCCUCAACUCGAGGAAACGAAACUGUGCUCGUCGUGAUUGCUCGUUUUUCGGGACCUAUAAACAGAUCAAGAAGCACGUGAAGUCGGAGCACCCUUCGGCGAGGCCUCGGGAAGUGGACCCCACGCAAGCCGAGAAAUGGAAGAGGCUCGAGGACGAGAGGGAAGUGAUCGACGUGCUGAGCACGAUCAGGCCUGGGUCGAUCGUGAUCGGUGAUUAUGUGAUAGAGAACGGGCUUGGGCUUGGGUCCGGUGGGAUGUUCGGGUGGGCCCGGCCUAGUUUUUUGUCGGGUUUUGACGGUGGCCCCUUUGGUUCUAGGAGUGGAAGGCGAGGAGGGAUAUCGGGUAUGGGUCGUCUGCAUGCGAGGCUGUUGUUCGGGAGGCAGAUGGGAAGGUUAUGA